AUGAGCGCUCCCCAGCAGUGGGGUGCUCCCCCACCGGUUCGACCCCCUCGCACGCCCAUCGUAGGAAGGCCGUCUCGCACGACCGACUCAUCGCCGUCGACGGACGGCCCCCGCACGCCGCCGCACACCGCAAGCGCCCCUCCCCUCCGCCAAGGUCUGAUCGCGUCCAAUCCGGGCGCAUACACGCGUCGCCUGCCCGACGGCGUGAACGCUGCACCCGACGACCCCCUCGUUCUGACGGUGCAAGACAUUCUGAGGGCAGACAGCUUGGGCAUGAAGGAGUUUCAGUUCGGGUCGGCCCUCGACGCCUUCUUGAGUCUGCCAUACCGCCACCGCACAGGCAAGGUCUCUGUCGUGGGACAACUCGACCUCGCCAGUGUUGGGGUACGCGACGGCCCGCAGCUCCAUGAUGUGGCCCUAUUCACGCGCGUCGUGCGCUGGUUGAGCGAGGUGCGGCCGUCGUCGUCAUCCUCUGCAUCAUCGUCAUCCGCCCCGCCUUCGCCAUUGACCGUACAACUCCAACAGACGGCCCGCAGGCGCGCCGACGACGACAAUUCUGGCAUCCGCCUGCCCGAUUUCGUUUUCGCGGCCACCAUGAGCGAGGCGAUACCGGCCACCUUCACCGUCUCAGCCACGGUAGAGCUCAAGUCUGACGUCGAGCAGUCCAUCAAGGGCCUCUUGCAGUGCAUUUUCUACGUCGCCCAGAUGCACGAGCUCACUGGUGCCCAGCUCGGGCUGUACCAGCUCAGGACCCGCUUUGUUCGGUUGUUCGCCCUCUCGCCCCAGCUGGUCGCAGUCGAGCAGCUGCGAGGGGUGGACGUCGCGCCCGACGACGCGGGCGACAGGCAGCAAUGUCGUCUCGCGGCAGACGAGUUUCUCGAUGUGCUAGACGCAACGAGCAACGCGCAGAUUGCCACCAAGCUCCCAUGGGAUCUCCGUGCAGCGCCGGGUUCGGGCGAGUCCUCGAUUGACUGGGCCGCAGUGUCGGUCCUUGGCGCGUUCUCCUUGGCAGCCUGGCAUCAACUCCUCGACUUGCCAGCGGCUGCGCCGUUUCUGCGCUUCUCGGGGUCUUCCGAGGGCCAGCUCGCCGCUCUUGCGAGUACGGACACGCUUCCCCUCUUAGAGGACGAGCGCGCCCUCACCGCCGCGGCCUUUGCACGCACCAAGCUCCGCAAGUGGCGCAAGGGAUCUAGGCGCAAGGCGGGCUCGGGCGACGGUCGCUCGGCGCCGGCCUCGGGCGACAGCGACCGCGGGGGUCAGGGUGGUGCCGGGCCGAGCACCAAGGGCAAGCGCGCUACGCAAACGUCGCGCAGGACGCAUACCACGACCGCCAAGCGCCGGCGCGCAACACAGGCCGGUGGGCGCGGCUCGAGCGCAGCGAGCGCCAACGACGACUUGUUGCAGCGCGACGACGCGGGAUCUGCUGCCGACGACGACGACGAGGGCUGCGAUGCAGACGACAACGGCGAUGACGACACCGAGAGCGAUGACGAGAGCGACGAGAGCGACGCCCAGGGCGGGCAUGACGAGAGCAUCCAUAACGUGGCUGCGGCCGCCGAUUGGUCGUGGCCUUUGCCUGCGUGUUACUACUCCUCACGCGACGAGAUCGACGACGACAGCACGGCCUCGGACGCAACUCUCGACCCAGCGCAAGUGUACCGCGCCUUCCGCCACUCAGGCCUCGAGGUGCUCAUGGUUGGCAGCUCAACCAUGGACGACCUCAUUGGCGGCUUGAGCGCGACGACCCCGGCUACUGUCGGCGCCGCCAGCUCCAAGUCGGCGCUGCCACUCGAGCAGCUCAACGGCGAAUCGGCCCCCUUGGAGCAUAAUCGAACUGUUUCGCAUGGCGCUCAGCGCUUCCAGGGAUUGCACUGGGGAAUGCCAUGCGCAUAG